AUGGUGGAACAUUCCAGAGUGGGUCAAAAACAUACCGAAGAGCCGCCCCCCUACGUCAAGCAUGAUUGGAGAGGUGCUCAAAGUUUCUGGAAGACGAGAGAGUCGUGGUCAUUCUUCCGGAGGCUUAAAGAGGCGUUGCGUGUUGACACUGCCUUUUUGAAGUCAAGUCAUUGGCUCACGUCUCCACGGGAUCUGCAAAACCGCAAGUACAUCCUCUACCAAGCGGCUUUGGAUGUCAAGGCCUUCCGUCGAGAAAUCAACAGAGGCGAACUGAGUCUCGAGGUGAUCAGUCAAAGGAAGAUGACUGUUUAUGGGCGGUAUGCCCGGGCAAUGAACGAGGCAGAAACCUGGACAGGUUAUCGCUUCCCUUGUGCUGGCCGCGUGCAGAAUGAGGAGCAUGAGAAAAUGUGA